AUGGCUGCUCCGAAUUCCCAUAGCCAACCCCCGCCCGCACAGCCGGGACAGCAUCCACCACAGCCGUACGGAGCCCCUCCCCCACAGGGUUUUCCUCCCCAGGGGGCUCCAGGUUACGGAGCUCCUCCUCCACAGCAAGGACAGUACCCCCCAUACGGCCAUUAUCCUCCCCAAAGCCCGUAUCCGCCACAACAAGGUCUACAACCUGUUCCUGGCCAGUAUCCUCCACCUGGUCAGUAUCAGUAUCAACAAGGCCAGUACGGUCAAUAUCCUCCUCAGCCUUACCCGCUGCAAUACCAGCAACCACAAGGCCAAUAUCAGCAACCGACAUAUGGAUACCCUCCGCAUCCCCAACCACCAGGAUAUUAUCCACAGCAACCGCCUCUCCAUGGAUACGGCGCACCCCCUCCCAGUCAGGUUCCUCCACAGCAGUUAUAUACUGCACAGUUUCCAAAUGUAGGGACGCCAUCAAUAGGGUACAUUCCGGGUCAGAUGGCACCGGGUGAUGCGUCGGCGGAGGCUGACGAUCUCCGCGCCGCGAUGAAAGGAUUUGGAACUAGACAGAAAGUUCUCAUUAAUAUUCUCACCAAGGCGGACCCGCUUCGUAUUGAACUUAUAAAGGAUACGUUCACGAAACGAACGGGGCGUAAUCUGAAAGAAGACAUUAAAUCCGAGACUUCGGGCAACUUUGAGAAUGUCCUUGUUGCACUGGUAAACGGACCACUUUUGCAGGAUGUCUAUGCACUCAGAAAAGCGCUCAAGGGUGCAGGCACCGAUGAAGCCAUACUAAAUGACGUUCUCAUCGGCCGAUCCAACGCUGAUCUAAAUGCAAUCAAACAAGCCUACGCAACAGAGUUCAAGAAUAGAUCCCUCGAAGCCGAUGUCCAAAGCGAUUUAUCAGGCGACGUCAAGGCGCUAUUCAACAUCAUUCUGACUGCAGCGCGACCUGAAGGGAAUGCCCCCAUCCUACAGCAUGAACUCGAACAAGACGUCAGAGACCUCAACCAUGCCAUGGCCGGACUCGGCACAGACGAAACCACCGUCUGUAGAAUAUUUGCCGGACGCUCAGACGCCCAACUCCGCGCGAUUUCACAGCAAUACAAGGCGCAGUUUAAUAAGGAUCUCGAGAAGGAAAUAACGAGUGAGUUCUCCGGCCAUUUGAGGAGCGCGCUGCUCGCGAUGUUGAGGAAUGCUUUGGACCGGGCAGCGCGGGAUGCUAUGGCGCUGGAGGAAGCGAUGAAGGGCUGGGGUACCAAGGAUGUCCAUCUAAUUGAGAGGAUUGUCCGGAUUCACUGGGAUGGGCAGCGGAUGCAGAUGGCCAAAGCUGCAUAUAAACGUAUGUAUCAAGUUGAACUUGCUGAGAGAGUCAGGGGGGAAACCAGUGGCGAUUACAGGACGACGUUGCUGGCGAUUUUGCAGUGA